UGUACAGUCGACAGUAACGCUGCUAAAAACUGCAGUAGAAACCGUUAAAAUAAUUAUUCUGUUAGCCUUGAGUUUGGCGUUUGUUUUAAUCCACUGGUCAGAAAGGCGUUCGCUUUAUGAUAUUUUUCUGGAUUUUGUGUUGACUUCGGAUUUUACACGGAUUGUUGGUAUGACGUUCGCAUGGAAUACUCAAAACUGUGUGCUUUAAAAUAUUUUUAAAUCUCAAGCCAUCAUGGAUCCGUAUAGCCCAUCCCAUCCCACUGACCAGGAUAUGGAUUUGGAAUCUGAUUCUCCUGCUACUCCAGAACAGGACGCCGAUCAGAAUCAGUUGCCUCCCAAUCAGUCUUUAAGCGAUGUUGUCCCAUUAAUUUUUAACUCUGAUGCAUUUGCUUGUCAAGAUAACGCAAGCAGUCAUCAAGCAGACCCUAAUAUAGAUGUGCAUCUUUUUGAUCAGUCAGUGAGUGAUCAACAUGAUGUUGCAGAAUCAGAUGGUAAAGAUUGUACAGCAACUGAUUCUGCUUUAGAGAAGAAAGAUAAUCUAAUAGAAACUAGAAAGCAAGAUGACAAUCAAGUUAUCGAAAAGCCAUCUAGUUCUCAUGAACGGUCUUCCGACAUACAUCGCCGUAGAAGCCGAUCACCUUCCCGUAAGCGAGUUGAAAGCAGAUAUGAUGACAGAAGGAGUAGAAGAUCUCGGUCACACUCAAGGCAUAGGUCUUAUAAACACCGUUCCAGAUCACGUUCCAAAGACCGAAGACGGGAUCGAUCAAGAACACCACGUCGAUCUCAUAACUCAAACCGUGUUCCCAGUUCACAUUCCCGUUCUCGAUCUCCAGCUAAGUCAAGAAAGCCGGUCAAUGGAAGACGUGCAUCUCGUUUUUCUGAUGCACCAAUACCUACACGCAACGCUAAAGACAAUCCUAGUCUGCAUGAGGAACAUCCCUGCAAGUCACCUGAAGUCGUCCCUUGGGAUCCCCCAAAGACGGUCGAAGAGCCACAUGUAUCUAAAACGGUCUCAGAAAGUGAGACCAGAAACUCUCCGUCUGAUGCGACCCAUGAUAAUCCAGCACUGAAUCCUAAUGUUAAUGUACUUCUCCAAAAUCAGCCCCCAACAGCUGUACAGACAGUAAAUAGUUGGCAGAAUAUGGUUGGCGGUAAUUCCACGUUUUUACCUAGAGUUCCACAGAUGAACUUUAGUCCUAUGCGAUUUCCUCAAAGUAAUUUUGGAUUAGUUGGAAUUCCUAACUCAACAUUCCCAUCAGGUAUUAUUCCCUACGCUGGCACACCAAUACAUCCGAACUUCAUGCAACCCCCACCUAUGAUGGUACCUAGAGUGAAUACUCCUAUGCUUCCUGUAAACAAUGCUGUAUUUCCUGGUCAGUGUGUGCAGUCAGUGCCAAAUUUACCCAUGGUGAUUCCAGCUCCAGCCUUCCAAAGUAAUGCUCCUCCUCCGCCCCCUCCACCCCCACCCCCGCCACCUUCCACAUAUACUCAGCAAAUGCCAACCACAACAUCCAAUCUCUUGGAAACUCUAAUGAGCAGGGCUGGCCUGCCUUCCAACACACUCAGCGAAUUAUCAUCGAAUACCAAGGCGAGUGAAAAAUGUGAUUCAGUUGAGGAAAUCUCUCCAAUAAAACGAAUCAAUAAGCUGUUGAGUUCAGCCGCAAGCUCUCUCUUGAGUCACCUAACCAAGAAAGUUGUUGAUGACUCUUCUGAUGAUCCGCCCCCACCGCCUCCCCCUCCUCCUCCACCACCACCACUCCCGUUUCAACGCCGUGGCGAUAUGAUCAUAAGUGCUUCCAGUCGGCUGCAUACCUUUGUUCCCCCACCGCUCCCAGUCGUCGAUUCUAUUUUUCCAGAUGGUGAUUCUGAAGGUAAAAUGCUACCAAAUGGUGCAAACAAAAAGAAACCAUUCGGUGACAUGAGCAUGGCAGAGGUGCUAGCAAAGCGCAAACGGUAUGAUUUUGCGUCUCGACGAGAAUGGCAGGAACGCAUUGCUCUGGAAGUGAAAUCUAUACUGAAGCCAGCAUACUAUUUACGCAGGAUUAAUAAAGAAGAUUACAAAGAAAUAAUGAAAAAGGCUGUUACCAAGGUAAGAUUUGAAACUUUCUUAAUUCUAUUUGAUUGUAGAUUUCAAGAAGUGGUACUUCUUCAAUCAACACUGAAAAAAUCAGCACAUUUGUAAAGUUGUAUAUUGAGAAAUAUCACCGAAUGCAUAAAGUAAAAGCCCAAGAAGCUGCAAAGCAAUCUGUACAGUAAAAUACUACUUUAAUUCUCUUGCUGUAAAUUGUACAUAAAAUAGAUUAUUUACUAUGCAUCUGUUAAUCUCAUGCUUUAAUGCCAAACCACAUACGGCUAUGUAUAAAUAGGUUUCGUUACAGUUAUACCAGUUAAUGACGGGACGUCACGUAUGGUGACAUCAGAUUUCCAUACAUCGGUCUCCAUCUGGUGGGUUUCUUGUAUUUUUUCCUCAUAAAAUGUGCACUUCCAGAAUGUAACUUAAUGUGAGGUGCAAAAACAUGCGUAGUCGAUUUUACUUUUGCCCUGAAGGUUGUUAUGUGGUUCGCAUUCUACGCAUCUGUUUUCUUACUUUUUGUAUUGGUCGUGGAAGAGAUUAGUAUUGCGCAGUGUCGUUGCGUCACCUGUAGUAUAGACUAAAUGUCUGUCUGCUUGUGAGGGACUGAGUGCAUUGCCUAGCAUUUUCAUUUUUUCGGCUAUAUAACUGUGGUUUGUGGUAUUUACGUAGCUAACUACUCUUUAUCUCGAGGCACUGAUCAUAACAGUAAGCAGUUCAGAAAUAGAUUUUGUUUAAUAAGCACGUUAAGUCAUAGGCUGUGAUAUCCCUUUAACUAGGAUUCUUAUGUCACUUGUCGUAAAUCUCAGUCUCGGGUUUCUUUUAAAGUAAACCUGAAAUGCAUACCCUUUGGCUAUGCCCUGGUAUGUUCUAUACAAUGGCCAACCCAAAGCUUUUUCUUAUACCUGGAAGUUGUGUCGACUGGAUAACAAGUAGAAUCCAUC